AAGCCAAUACCACUUCAUCCUCUUCACUCCCCCCUUCCUUCCAACCUUUUCCCCAUUUAUUCUCUCUCUUAUCCUCCUCUCUUGCUGGCAUUUUUGAUUUCCCAAACCAAUUAAAUUUCUUUCUUAAAUUAGAAAGGAGAGAGAGGAGGGAAAGAGAGAAUAUCCAAUUAGUCCAAAAUGGAAAGGAAAAGUAAUAGAAAUAGAGAGGAAGAAAAGGACAAAGGAAGCGUAAUUAUAUUUUGAUACGCGGAUUUAUUUUUGGUUCUCCUCUCUAGUUUAUCGCCCCCCUCUCCCCCUUUUCCUUUUGCAGACAUCUGUUGUUGCUUGUCAAUUGUCACCGUCUCACCGACCGACUUCCUUUUAUAGGGCGCCUACUUCUCUUCUUCCUCCCUUCCUCUCCUCUCGCACUCCCACCAUCCCCCAUACAUCUUCUCUCUUUGUGGGCUUUGGGUAAAAAGGGAAGAAAGAAAGGGAGAGAAGAGAAAGAGGGGCGGAGAGAGAGAGGGGAGGGAGAUGGAGGAGGGCAAGAAGUCGUCGGUGUCAGAUGCGGGGGCGUGGGCCAUGAACGUCGUCAGCUCGGUGGGCCUCAUCAUGGCCAAUAAGCAGCUCAUGUCCUCCGCCGGCUACGCCUUCUCCUUCGCCACCACGCUAACUGGGUUCCACUUUGGCGUAACGGCAUUUGUGGGUUUCGUGUCGAAUGUUACCGGACUUUCUUCUUCAAAGCAUGUUCCUCUGUGGGAGCUUCUCUGGUUUUCUAUUGUUGCCAACACAUCCAUCACUGGGAUGAACUUGAGUCUUAUGCUCAAUUCUGUUGGCUUUUAUCAGAUCUCGAAGCUGAGUAUGAUUCCAGUUGUCUGUGUGAUGGAGUGGAUCCUUCAUAGUAAGCACUACUCUAAAGAAGUGAAGAUGGCUGUGGUGGCAGUUGUUGUUGGUGUUGGUGUCUGCACGGUGACGGAUGUGAAAGUUAAUGCUAAGGGGUUUCUAUGUGCUUGUAUUGCAGUAUUGUCCACAUCCUUGCAACAAAUUUCCAUUGGUUCCUUGCAGAAGAAGUAUUCAAUUGGUUCUUUUGAACUGCUGAGUAAGACGGCCCCAAUACAAGCUAUUUCUCUUCUGCUUCUUGGACCUGUCAUAGAUUAUUACCUCAAUGGCAAAUCUAUAAUAAAUUACAACUUUUCUUCUGGUGCAACGUUCUUCAUACUACUCUCAUGUGCGCUUGCCGUAUUCUGCAACAUGAGCCAGUACCUCUGCAUUGGCCGUUUCUCAGCAACUUCAUUCCAAGUUCUGGGCCAUAUGAAAACUGUGUGCGUGCUAAUGCUUGGUUGGCUAUUGUUUGAUUCACUGCUGACACUGAAAAAUAUAAUGGGAAUGGGGAUAGCUAUUGUGGGGAUGGUUAUCUACAGCUGGGCUGUGGAGUUGGAGAAGCAAGCAAAUGCUAAGAUUGCUCUCACUAAAACUAGCCUAACUGAAGAUGAAAUCCGGCUUUUGAAAGAUGGAGUGGAUGAUGCACCUGCAAAAGAUGUAGAGCUUGGGGAAGCAAAGGCCUAAUUGUUGCUUGUGGUUUAAUGAAGCAUACAAUAUUGGGCUGGGUAUGGUUGAGUCUUUGGGGACUCGAGCCAUGAAAGGUCAGCACCUUCUUCGAUUGUUGAAAUUCUUUGUAAUAGGGGUUUGUUUACCAGCAUCAGGAGGUGGAGGUGUAAAGGUUAUCUGUUCGUUACUGCCAUAGUGUCCUAGGCUGCAUUACACUCCAUUUUAUUUUAUUUUUCUCAUGCAUGGUUUCCAAGGGAGGAUAGAGUAUCCUAUGGAAACACAGUAAUAUUUAUCUUCACAGAAGGACAUUAAGCAAAGUUUUUUUUAUUAAAUUAAAUUUGUUCAUUUUGAUGUUGAAAUGAAUGAUGUUCUACAAUCUGGUUUUUGUUUCAAAAUGUGUUAUUUUGAGA